UUUGCGGUCAGGCCUCGCCCCCGGCCAGGCUCUCACCGUCACCGGAAACGAACGCUGCUCAACUCAAAAUAUCGUGGCACAAGCAUCGCAGUCGCAGAGAGCCGCAAGAAUCGCCGCCCGACCAUGACCACCGCCGCAGCCGCGCUCCUCCUCCCGCCGCGACUGGUGUCGCUACCACCUCACCCCAGCCUCGUCCCCAUCUGCAAGAAUCCAGCGCCUUCCUCCGCCCUCCUCGGCCGCCGCGGCGCGAGGCUCAGGGCCGUCGGGGACCGCCCCGGCGCCGGGCUCGCCGACCAGAACACCGUCUACAACGGCGUCUACGGGCCCUGGACCGUCGAGGACUCCGACGUCCGCGAGGUCUUGCUGUACCGGUCGGGGCUCGUCACCGCCGCGGCUUCCUUCGUGGCCGCGGCCUCCGCCGCGUACCUCCCCGAGGGGAACGCCGCCGGCGACGCCGUCAGGCAAAGCAUCGACCUUUUCUACGCCGCCGGCGCCGCGGGGCUGGGGCUGUCGCUGGUGCUGAUCCACAUCUACGUCACCCCAAUCAAGCGCUUCCUCCAGGCGCUGUGGGCGGCCGGGGUCCUCGGGUCCGUCGGGACCUACCUCGUCGCCGCUCAGCCGCUGGACGAGGGCCUGGUGCAGUACGUGCUGGAGCAUCCCGCCGCCCUCUGGUUCGUUGGGCCGACGUUCGCUGCGCUCACAGGUCUCGUCUUCAAGGAAGGUCUCUGCUACGGAAAAUUGGAAGCCGGCAUCUUAACCUUUGUUAUCCCCGGGCUUCUUCUCGGACAUCUGUCUGGUUUAAUGGAUAACAGCACAAAGUCAGGCCUCUUAGGAGUGUGGAUGGUUCUUUUCACCAUUUUUGCUGCACGAAAGUUCCAGCAGCCCAUCAAGGAUGACAUUGGCGACAAAUCUGUUUUCAUGUUCAAUGCACUCCCUGAAGAGGAAAAGAAUGCUUUAAUCCAGAAGCUCGAGAGGCAAAGUGAACAGAAGUUUGAGUAGACAUUGUUGGCAGUUCUGGCGUAGCUGAUAUUUUGUUCAUGGAAGUUUGUAGCUGAUGUAUAUGAUGAUAGUUCCGAACAUCACGGCAUACACCAAUGCAUAGAUGAAGAUGAGAACAUUGUAACCGACCUGUAUGUAUGGUCUGCAUGUUUUUUGUUGGCAGCAUCACUGUAUAUAUUUCAGUUUGUUGUA